UUCCUGGAUUUGCCUCUCAGUCGCUGCUGGAUUUCACCUUGCAAAUGUGUGCUCCACAAGCAACGCUCUGCCCCUCCGACAGGACAGCAUCAGGUGAACCAGGCGGGUGUGAGGGCCAGGUGGGAGCCAGGGCUGGGGGUGGCACCAGGCGCACCCUCACCUGCUCGGAGCUGCGGCCGCGCCGCGCCCUGCAGAGCAGGAGCCCCUCCGCGCACAGCGGGCCCGGCGGGGCCCGGCAGCAGCACCGCGCCCUCCGACCGGGCCCUCCGACCGCGCCUGGCCCUCAGACCUCGCCCUCAGACCGGGCCCUCCGACCGCGCCUGGCCCUCAGACCUCGCCCUCAGACCGGGCCCUCCGACCGCGCCCUGAGACCGCGCCCGGCCCCACCGCUCCCUCCGACCGCGCCUGAAGCGCCGGGGCCGGGCAGGGAGGGAGCUCAGAAUAGCUCGAAGAAGGAGCCUACGAAGUGGUUGCUGGUCUCUUCUCAUCUGCCUAAAUCUGGUUCUUGAAAACUGUAGGAGGGGAAACUGGGCUAAUUUUGGUGGUGUCCUGGUUGCAAGGUAGGGACAUGGUAUGGCUUUGUUGCUGUUCUAUACCACCCACAUGUCACUGCUGGGGACAUGGUUUUGGGGGGAAGCAAAAGUGAGUGUGUCACCGAAACUGCAGGGAAAACAGAAACUCUCUAACAACAUCUUUUCAGUGUUAGAGAAUUAGCAUUAUGUUAUUUUGGAUAUGCAAUAGAAAUAAUUUUGUCCAUAUAUAUGCCGGGGUUCAGCACUGAAAAUCACUCCAUCACACAUAGUUCUUUACCAGACUUUUCACAUAUUUAUAUAUAAAAACCCAAAGAAAUUCUCAUUAAAUGGUCCUAAAUUAUACAAUUCUUAGCACUCAAUCUCCUAUUGGUUAUUGAUCCCUUUGCCUUUGAUGUAAAUAAAAUGAUUCUGUCCUUAUUCUGUAGUUCUCUUAUCCAUCUUUCCGCAGACCAGGUGUCUCUGACCACACCACAGGGUGAUGUUUGUUAAUAUUUUUCUCCUGUGUAUCUUGUGGCUACUCCCAAACUGUAGAUGUUAAGUUCAUCAGGCCUCAUCUCACCCAGCACUGGUGAACAGAGUUGUUUGAAGAGAAACUGCAAUUUUCCUUUUACUGGGGCAAAGGUGAGCAAUCCCCUGACUAAAGUUACAUUAAAAAAAUUUAGAAGUUGUAUCAUUUCCAACAAGUGCACCAUUUUUGCCUCCUUCUCCCCAGUGGGAAGGCUGUCAGCAUCAGCCCUGAGGACUCCAUCCUCUGCCAUUACUGUCCAUCUCCUCUUAUUUUCUCUGAGACAGAGCAGUGGUAAGAGACAGGAUUAAGUAAGCUUCCAUUCACAGACAUGACAACAUAAUAUGCUUGGGGCCCACCUUUUGAAGCAUUUGAAUCUCUGUUUGAGGUCAUCUGGUGACUUCAGGUUUAACCUAGAACACAUGUGGUCCCAGUUACUGAAAUGUGACACAGCCAUUUAGCCUGCCCAGGGCAUAAUUUUUGGCAUUUGAGUGCUCAGAUAUCACGUGGUAUAUUUUAAAAUACACCACUCAGAGCUAUAAAAAAGUACAGAUGUCUGGCCAGCUAUAGCCGGUUGGAACACGACAGGAUUAGGGAUGUUUCCUUAGCAGGUGACAUGGGAAAUAGGAGAUCAUUUGGCAGAUGUACUGCUGUUAGUGCUUAAUGUACAAAAGGGCCAUUAUGGUGGCCUAGCUUGUCAGUUCUUUUUUUCUUAAUGAUUACUUUCAAUUGCAAUACAAGUGAGAAAUCUAAAUUUCAAAUUACUUUUUUGAAAAUAUUCUUCCUUUGUUCUUGUUGCCCAAGUUGUAAUUACAUGCGCACCUUGUGUUCUUAGUGUAGCUGGAAACAUUUGUUUUAAAUUUGAAUUCACUUCAAAUGCAAUAUCCUAAGGAUUUGUAGCCCCUCCAGCUGCAUUUUCAUUUCCAUACAGCUACUCUUUCUCAUUGACCAUGUUCUGUAGAAGAAGUGAGACUAAAAGCUUUCUUUCAAUGAGGCAGUCAUACCACAUGGACUCACAUAGAACUAUGAAAGUCUAGGGAGAAUUGUGGUCCCAAGGACUGCAGCUUUCUCUAGCAUAUUAGUUUGGACCACAACUCCUAAACCUAUAGAAAAAAUAUAUAAAAAUUGUAUUGUAAAAAAAUACAAAUUGUAAGUUGUUUUGGAUUUUAUUUUUCAGUUAUCCCAAGCAUGAAUAUGUCUACUAGAUGUACAUUUCAGGAAUUUUUUUUUCCAAGACUCCUAACUCAAAAUGUUGAGUUACCUUUGAACAUCCAGUUG